CCGGAAAUUCACAAAGUAGUAAACGGAAGUGAACCGUGACCAAUAACAGUUACAACGUUUGCGUUUUAUUUAUACGUAAAUUAAAACCCCGGAACUCAAAAUAUCACAUACUUCCUCCAUGUAGUGUUUAAUUCGCGUUGGAGACAAGACUUAGUUGGUGGAUGUUAUCUAGGUAAUGCUAACUCGCGUUGGAGACAAGACUUGGAUGAUAUAUGUUAUCUAGGUAAUGCUAACUAGCUAGCCGCUAAGAAUGGCUAACUGUAACGUAAUGGUUUCUCACACUCAAAUAGCCUCCAUCAUGGAGGUGUUAGCGAAUACAGCCGUGGAAGAGAUCUGUAAACUCGUAGACGACGACUAUGCAGUGUUUCGUUUGGAAAUUUCUCAAAGACAGAAAGAAAACAGGGGAUUGCGGAGGAAACUACAGCUACUGGAACUGAAGGUAUCACGGGAGCGCGCACUCGCCAGUAGUGUCAAGAUCCUCGACCGAUACAGAGGAAUGGCAAGAGGUGAAGGACAUCUCACUGGAGGCCACAGAGGUUUUGUGAAGCCAGCAGGACACAAUACAUGGAGAGAUGACCAACCAAUCACGGUUGUUGAGGGAAGUGGAACCUCAUCCCAGCAUGUUAUGGUGAUAGAGUCUGCAGAUGCAGAGGCUGCAGGUCCUGGGGUCAAGCAGGAGAAGUCUGCAGGAGAGGAGGACCCAAGGUACUGCAGAGAUAUCCAGACUGGAGUGCCCCCUGUAUCCACAGAAGACCCCGUCACCACCCCAGCACUGCCCAGAACUCGACACAGCAUCACGGAGGAGGAGGGUCCAGAGGUGCUGCUGGUGAAGGAGGAGGGGUGUGAGGAGAGUCUGGGGAACCCUGAGGGGCCCAUGGACAUGGAGGACAACCAGACUACACCUCCUCCUGAACUCACAGAGGAACCAGCUGAGCAGCACAGGACCACACACAGUCUCAAUGAGUCAGUAGACAUGGAGGAUGGGAAGCCUGAUCUGCUGCUGGUCAAAGAGGAGAUGAUAGAAGACGAACCAGAGAGCAUUGACCUGCUGAGUGGUCUAAAGAUGGGGGAGCAAGGUGGCUGGCUAGAGGCUAAUAGAGGAGACUGGGCGACCAUCUUGGAUUCCCAGACGGAUGCAACCAAGGCACCAGGGGACAUCAUCACUGAGCAGGCCACAACCAGAGGUGACUUGGUGGAGUCUGCAGUCCAUGAGGACCUGCUGAUGUCCGGUGUUGCUGGAAAGAGAGACUGGAUAUCUGAGGUGGCUGGUCACAAACCCUGGCCGCGGAUCAGGACACUGGAUCAGGAGCCGUCACGGUUCCUUCUUGAAUCAGAACCAGGUCCCAACCGCGAGGGACAGAGACUCCACCAUCACACAGAACACAACCAGUGGACAGGUGGACUGAACAACCUCAAUCCUGGUGGUCAUCAGAGAGACAGAGGCUCCAGUCAGCAGCCCAGACCCUUCUCUUCACAGUCUCAGUGCAGGGAUGGAGCAGGACCUGGGCCUGAUAGAGAUGGACCCUCCUGUUCCUAUGAAACAAACUCCACUGUAUCCAUGAUGAACAGAGCAGGCUACCCUGGGCUUCAGCCUUCACAGAGAGUGGUGGCAGACCCCCCUGGUGGUAGUCUAUCAGCAAGUCUGUCUUCUCCUUCAGGGUCUCGUCUAAUGCCUGGUGACUGGGUUCAUAGACAGCCUGGACCUGGGUCUAGCCUUCCUGGUGAUGGUUACCCCACAAAUACAGACAGGGUCAGGAUGGGUGUACCUCACAAGAGGUACCUACCCUAUAACAUGGCAAACAAUCCCAACAACACCCAAACAAUGGCUAGAGGUCAAGGAGGGAGCUCAAAGACUAACCACCUGAGGACGGUGGCUCCUGCUUCUAUCUCCUCUGGUGUCAUUGGGUCACAACGUGAGAGGCCGAGCAUUAGUACCGACGCCGACAAGCCCUACUCCUGCCCCACAUGUGGGAAGUGCUUCGCUAGGGCAAACUAUUUGAAGGAGCACCAGACCGUUCACACCAAGGAGAAGCCCUUCAAGUGCAAACUAUGUUACAAGAGCUUCUCCUUCCUGACUAACCUUACCAGACACAAGAGUGUCCACAACGGGAAAAAUUUGUAGCAGUGUGGUUUGAGAUGUACACAGAGGAUGUCUGGGAAUUAUUCUUCACCUGACAUAUUAUAGUUAUCAUGUGAAGUGUCUUGGGAUAAGAAGGUAAUUAACCACAUACCCCUCAUUAACCCUUUAUUAACAUGUCAUGUUCUGGAGCAACGUGUUGAAGGUGCCUGAAGUCGACUCUGAAAGACUAGCAGGAAGUGUUAGUUGCAUGCAUGAGAGGACCAAUGGGCAGGCUCGGGAGGAGAUCGUUGAUGUCACUCGCUCUCGGAGCUGGAGACGAGGGCCAGCUGAGGGGGACCUAUUGGGUUGUUGCUCACCCCUGCCCCUCCGUGUCCAGAGUCUCUGUUCUUAGGGGACGGUCCAGCCUCUUGGGGUUCUUCUUGGAACAUAGGACAUAUCCAGGCUGUUUCACAUCCGGCCGUGAUUGGGAGUCCCAUAGGGCGGCGCACAAUUGGCCCAGCGUUGGCUGGGGUAGGCCGUCAUUGUAAAUAAUAAUUUGUUCUUAACUGACUUGCCUAGUUCAA